AGCCUGGGCUGUUCUCCACAGUGGGAAGUAACCCAGAAGCCCCAGCAGGUCCUAGUCCCUCCCUCCUACCCCCACCCCCAGAUCUUCCCAGCAAUGCACAUGUGUGUCAGUGGGAGGGUAAAUACCAGCCUGGGGACUUUUUUGCAAGUGGCCUCAGGAAUUUCUUUCGUGAGUCCCUGUGGUGUCUGGAAGUGCAGGAAAAGCAGAGGGAACCUUCAUGCCUGAGCAGCAAAAGGGGCUGAUGCUGAUUUGGCCCUCAGUGUCAGUGAUCCUGCCAGGUCCUGGUUACAGCCUUUGUGAGCUGAUGCUCCUGACGCUACGAGGAGAAGAGCUAGGCUCAGGGAGGGCCACUCAGGUAAAGUCACGCCCUUAGUCAGUGCCAGGGCUGGGAUCUAUCUGAAAGCCAGCUAGUGUGACUCCACCAUCCAGGGCUUAUUUUCUGUUAUUCAGAAGGUUUGCCUCACAGGGUAAAUAGGGGUGACCUAAGAGGAGUAUGAGAGGAAACCCCACAAUCUGGUUUGGGUUCCAGCUUCCAAGUCCUCACCUGUGAGAUGCAGCCCUGCAUCCCACACAGAAUAAAAGAAAGGAUGAGAUGAGGGUUCCUUAAAUACAUUCUGAGGGCAUUUUUGAACUACAAAGAGAAAAAGGAAAUACUAUACACAUCAGAUUGACCAGAGCCUUGGAGACAGGUUUUGGAGGCAGCCAACAUAAAAGCAAGAAAAAUUAGGCUUUUCUGCAGCAGCAAAUAUGGGAGACCCCAAAAGAAGAAAAUCUGUGGACUGGAGAUAAACAGGUUGUGAUGCUGUGUUAGUCCAUUUUUCUUUCCUGUAACAAGAUACUUGAGGCAGGCCAAUUUUAUAAAGGAAAGAGGUUGUUUAGCUUACAGUUCUGGGUGCUGAGAGUUCAAACAGCGUGGCGCAGGCCCUUGCAGGCCACUCCCCUUAUCUCUAUCACCACGUAGUGGUUGGUAAUGGUGCCACUGCAUGUGCAAGGGAGAGAUCACAUCACUAAGCAGGAAGGCAGAGGCAGUGGUCUUGCAAUCUCUUCUAUGGGUGUGUGUCAAUGACCUAAAGACCUCCCACUAAGCCCCGCCUCCUAGGUGUUCCACACCACCUUUCAGUAUUGUUGCCCUGAGGAUCAAGCCUCCAACACAGGGAAGAGGACACACUGCAAACCACACCUGACAAUCUUGAACAAUCCUGUUGAGCAAUGGCAUCAGAGGGCUCAGAAAAAUGCCAUUUCUUGCCACCACUGUGGAAAAAUUACGCAAAGACUUACUCAAUUGAAAGAGACAUGAAUCAGAGUAGAGAACAGGCUGUGGAAGGAUUAGCUCUUCCCUUUUCCUUUGUCUCGCUGGGAACCAAAUCACGGAAUUGGGUGGAACUAUGGGACCACCAGUGGGCUUCACAGCCAGCUGAGAGCAAUUACAUCUUCCCCACACUCCCUGCUACUGAUGCCAUACCUGCUUGAUUUCCCUGGUGAUGACAAGCCCAUCUGCUUAGGAGUAGUGGCAAAGCACAAAAAGAUUCAUUCAAGGGCAAACUGCGAAAACUUAAACAUUUUAUUUUAAGCGAAAACAUGAGAACACAUUUAUUUACCAGUUUUCAUGUAAGCAAAGGCUUUCCCUGAGCAUGAAUUGGCUGUUCAUCUUUCUUACAGAAAUAAACCAUGAUUCAUUUCUUCUUUUUGUAAAACAAGAAAACACAUGGUUUACUUAAAUAUUUUUGUUAGAAAAGUAGAAGAUGUUUUCCAGAGGAAACAUGGAAACCACUACAAAGACUACAGAAAACCCCAGAACAGCCCAUGAUCCCAUGCCCCAAAACAACUGCAACAAGUAAGGAUUUGUUGUGGUGCCUUCCAGAUUUUUGAGCCAUGUUGUAUACAGAAUUUAAUGCUUGGGUUUUUAAAACUUGCCAUGACAUCAGCAGUCUCCCACUUGGGUGAACUCGUAGAAACACUGCUUUCCUUGCCAGCUUACCAGGCAUUGCGUGGGUAGAGCAUUGGACAUUUAGCCAGUCCCCUGAUCCUGAAUAUUUAGGUUGCUCCUGUCCCUGUUUUCAAUGAUGAAGAAUGUCUCUGGCCCUGAAGCAUUUGCUGUCCUUCUGAUUAUUUUCCAAAAUACCAUGCAAAAAGGUAGAGGUGUUUCUUUCAGGUCCCUGAUUCGCUUUGUCAAAGUGUCCCCAUAUUGAACUUUCCAGAGGCAGGACUGGAAACAAAGUCAGUCCGAUCCCUUUUCAGAGAGGACAACGAAGCCUGUCUGCCUGACUCCUUCGGUCUGCGGCCGGGCAUUAGAUGCUUACAAACCACAUCAUUUUUACAUUUUCUGGGCUCUGGAGGUUCCCACGGGAGGGGAAACAGGCAGGCAAAGCUGAGUGUGUGGAGACAAGGACGCUGGCAUUUUAUGGGACACGUACUCCUAUUAAUGUAACCCCUAAUAUCGAUGAGCAACUCCCAAUAACCAACCCCAUUUACCGAUAAGAAAAGUGGGGCUGAGAUUGCUCAGUGAUCUGCCAGGAAGCAGAGACACAGAUCUUCUCCCCUUCUUUCCCUGCACAGCUUUGGAGCAGGAUGGGACGGAGAGCUUCCUCAGCCGGGUGUGCCCUCUUCCUGGCACUGGCUGGCCGGGCAGGGCUUCUGGAGGAUUUUGAUUCUGGCUCCAAAAAUAUGAAGUUCAAAGAAAGUAUGCAAGCUCGUGCAUGUUAGAAAGCUCUGCCAUCUCAGCUCAGAAAGCAGAAACUUUCCACUUAGUCGGCACCAGGGGUGUGGGGGAGGUUGCCAGUCCCCUCUCAGGGUCAAGCCACGGCUCUGCUGGCUCUGUGGGGUGGCGGAUACUUGUAUUUGAGACAGAGAUGACACACUCUGUCUCCCCACCUCCCACAGGAAUGCAGCCAGGGGCGGUGGAAUAAGUACAGACUUCAUGUGGUCCCAGGCCAGACCCAGAACCCCACGGCUGGGCGUCCUUCUGGAAACCAGCACCCUUUCUGUGUUGCAGAAAACAGAUCAAAUGCAAGGAAAACGGCACUGAGAAGGUGUAGGAGACAGUUUAUCGCGUGGGUGGGCUUCUGACUGGGAUCUGUCCGAAGGAGCCAGAGCCCUGCCUGGGUUUCUGGGCUUUUAAAAGGAAAGUGUGCAGGCGGGUACUUAGGCAGAUUUGGUGCAUAUGACUGGAGGGCUGGGUGACAUCCUGGGUUGUUCAGGGGAUUUACAUAUCUCAAGUUUCUUUACAAGGCCAUUGAUUAAACAGGCAUGAGUUACACAAAGGAAGAAGUGUCCUGUUAUAUUUCAAGUUACAGUGCCGGGUCAUCAGGUACAAAAGAGGCAAGGCCAGAAGUUUACAUAAAGGGAGAAGUGUUCUGUUAUCAGGCCUGCUGGACAUGUCCACUUGGUCUUGGCAGUCAUUCAGGACAGGCUUCUUAAAAAUUUUAAUUUCCCCCUUCACCUGCACCUCAUUUUCACCCUGGAAAUUGGCUGGUGCCACACUCUGUUAACCCCUUCUAAGGAAAACUCUGGCCCACACAUCUCCUGAUCUCCGAUACCUUCAUCCUACAAAAGAAAUGCCUUUAGUCAGAAAAACUGAGGGAUAAAAGAAGCUGCAACACUGGAUUGGGCAGCCAUAAGUAGCAUUAUAAUUUAAGGAAUAUUGACUCAAAUACGCUAGAAAUAUUGCCCAGAGUUUUGUUGCAUACCUUUAGUGGCAGGGAACUCACUACUGCCAAGAGCCACUCAAUGUAACAAGCACUCAGAUAGCACCUAUGCUUUGCUAACUGAGGAUUCAGAGAAGCAAAUCCUGUUCUGUGCUCCCGGGAUGAUAAUGUGACAGUCAGAGGAGGGGUGGAGAAGAGGAAAAGCCAGAGGAGCUUACAAAGCACCCUGUAUAAUCACUGAUGGAGAAGCUGAGGCCAGAGAAAAGCCACCUGCUCAAAGGCACACAUAAAGCUCGGAGUCGGGGGCUGGGGUCAAGUGUAAGCGCUAGCCUAGCGUGCACAACGCCUCGGGUUUGAUCCCUGGCAUCACACAUACGAAAAGCCCAGUUGAUCUAGGAAUAGUGGUGCGAGGAGAGCAAGCCUAGUGACCGCUGACUCCCUGCUGCCCUGGGCUGGGCAUAGAAGUGCGCUAGCUCACCUCACUCUCAGGACAGCAGACGGUGUGCAGUCUCACGAUCCCCAGCUCGCUGCUGAGGAAGCUGGGAUCAGGAAGAGGCAGGGGUGGGGUCAAAGCCGGGUCCUCUCACACCCCCGCCCUCCUAUAACCUCAGCCCAGGCAGGCAUCAGGCAGGCUGGCCUCUUUCCUGGGAGAGGAGGUGCCUGGGGUCCGGGAGGUGUUCGUGAGCCCCCUUGGACUCCAGUCUCUGUGCUCCAAGCCAGAUCUGCUUCAGACACUUAACUGAAACCGUGUGGGUUCUUCCUUGGUUCUUUUUGUCUCUCCGGUGGUUUUGUGUGCAUGGUCGUCUGGGUCCCACUUUUGAGUCUGGAACUUGGGGCAAGUCACUUCUGUACUGAGCUUCCCCUCCAUACUCUGUAAAAUGGGUACUAGGGGUCCCUGGCUGGACAGCAGUGCACCUGUGUCACACACUGUAAAGUGCCGCGCCCAUCGCAGGGCAGUGGGGUCAGCCUGGGGGCUCGUACACAGCUUCAGACAGGUCACCUGGUAGUGAAGUUUUGACUAGGAGUCUCUAAACAGUGAGAUUCUUCCAACUCAAAACUUCCAUAGCUCUGGCAUGUGUGGUACACAUGACCGUUUACAAAGUGCUUUGCCUUUGGCCCCCCGAGCACUGAUCUUACCUCAUCCUUGCCCAAUUAAGGCCUGAGCAUUGUCAGAGCCUGUUUUAUCAUCUGUUGAAAGAGGACAGCGCUCAGUCCUGUGCAUCUUCCAGGACAAGGGCAGCAGCACGUGUGCGAGCCCGGGGCACCUCCAGCCAGGUCCCAGCCGGCUCUGCAGAGGCCUGGUUUCCUCCUUAUUAAGCAGGGGCAUCGACACUGUCUCAGGUUGCUGUGAGGAUUCAAUGAGUUAGUGUCCGUUGUGAGCUUAGAACAGCGUGGGCACGUGACACACGACAGAUGCACUUGCUGUCAAUAUCGUCAUCAUCGUACAUUGUCCUUUUGACAAAUAUUGCCCAAGUCUGGGCCAGGCCAGUUCUAGGAGGUAAGGACAGAGUGGAAGGGAAGCUGGAGGCCUUUGGGGCCAUCCCAGCACAACCAGGCUGGCAGGGAGAGAGACAGGGAAGUGAGCAGUUGAGAUGAAGUGUGCUGGGGCUGUAAUCGGGGCUUUGGGGCUGAGACACCAUGCAGCAUCCAGGAGGGCCAACCAGAUGAGGUGACGUUACACCGUGCACUGGAGCUGACAGAUGAAUAGGAGUUGGAAAGACUGCUCACCUGCGUGGAGUGAGCACCAGAAAAGCCUCACUGGCAUCCCACCCUGAGUCCAGAUGCCUUUGAGCUGGAAGAGGCUAAUGCUCCUGUCUCUGCAUGAAGAUCCUGCGCCCACUGCAGCCUCCCUUGGCACUGCAAUGUUCAACAUCACCUCGCAAGCAUCUGCUUUGAACGGAACCUUUGCCCAGGACAGCAGCUGCCCUGACACCGAGUGGUGGAGCUGGCUCAACGCCAUCCAGGCCCCCUUCUUGUGGGUCCUGUUCGUGCUGACCAUGCUCGAGAACAUCUUCGUCCUUAGUGUCUUCUGCCUGCACAAGAGCAGCUGCACAGUGGCAGAGAUCUACCUGGGGAACUUGGCGUUGGCCGACCUCAUCUUGGCCUGCGGGCUGCCCUUCUGGGCCAUCACCAUUGCCAACAACUUUGACUGGCUCUUUGGGGAGGUCCUGUGCCGAGUGGUGAACACCAUGAUCUACAUGAACCUGUACAGCAGCAUUUGCUUCCUGAUGCUGGUGAGCAUCGACCGCUACCUGGCCCUGGUGAAGACCAUGUCCAUGGGCCGAAUGCGUGGGGUGCGCUGGGCCAAACUCUACAGCCUGGUGAUCUGGGGCUGCACGCUGCUUCUGAGCACGCCCAUGCUGGUGUUCCGGACCAUGAGGGAGUACAACGACGAGGGCUACAACGUCACUGUAUGCCUCAUCAGCUACCCAUCCCUUACCUGGGAGGUGCUCACCAAUGUCCUCCUGAACCUGGUGGGCUUCCUGCUACCGCUCAGCAUCAUCACCUUCUGCACGGUACAGAUCCUGCAGGUGCUGCGCAACAAUGAGAUGCAGAAGUUCAAGGAGAUCCAGACGGAAAGGAGGGCCACCGUGCUGGUCCUGGCCGUGCUGCUGCUGUUCGUUGUGUGCUGGCUGCCCUUCCAAAUCAGCACCUUCCUGGACACACUGAAGCGCCUUGGCAUCCUCUCCAGCUGCUGGGACGAGCACAUCAUUGACAUCAUUACGCAGAUCAGCUCCUACUUGGCCUAUAGCAACAGCUGCCUCAACCCGCUGGUGUACGUGAUUGUAGGAAAGCGCUUCCGGAAGAAGUCUCGGGAGGUGUACCACAGGGUGUGCGGGAGAGGGGGAUGUGUGUCUGAACCCAUCCAGAUGGAGAACUCCAUGGGAACACUGCGCACGUCCAUCUCUAUGGACCGGCAGAUCCACAAACUGCAGGACUGGGCGAGGAGUAGUGGCGAGGGGGUGCCACCAGGGGUGCUGUGAAUGUGCGUGAGGACUGGUGCACAGUUGCUCUUCAGCAUGGGCCCAGCAAGGAGCAGAAGACAUCCCACAUGACCUUGGGCAAUGAGUCGGUAUCUGCGGGAAAUCCCAGGCAGGCGACUCUCACCAGCCCCGUUGCAUGAGCACGUCUGUGACAAUGGGGUGAGGAGAGCCCAGUCGAGGGCUCCCUCAGUACAACAGUAUUAGUCUUAUUGCUGCCACUCCUGGGCCAGCCUGCUCCUUCCUAAAAGUGGAGGGGACCUGGGUUGGGGAUGGGAAUGACCGAGGAUGUGGUAUCCCUCCCUGCCCUGACAUGACAGCUCAGAUCUCCAGGAGACCUGCCACCCAACUUUGGUGCUGAGACCAAGGGCACGUGCAGCACCUGGUAGAAUAUUUGUCAUGGUGUUCAUUAACCCAUGCAGCUCAGACUUUGGAGGGUGAUUUCUCAGUUAAACUCUGAGGGGUCCCUGCUAAGAACUCAGAGGCAGGAUUCCACGGUUCCUCUUCUCUGUGCAAAAAAGAACCCCACCGGUACUCACUGUGUACUUCCUGUGUACGCAGUGCCGGACACUGGGGAGAGAUCACUCAGUCUCCAUCUCGAAGGAGCUCAGAAAUUCCGUGGGAAGAGGAGGCCUGUGGGCAGGCAGGCACCAGUAGGCUGUCUGUCCUACUGUGCUCAAGCUAGGCCCUGCUGCCAGUACAGAGCCCGGGUCCCCACUCAGCCAAAACUAGGUGUACAACACCCUCGCCUCUGCCUCAGCUUUCCCUCUGUAACAUGAGGUUGUGGGGGGUUAAAUGUGGUAAUGGCAUACAAGGACUUUGAGACGUGAAAGGUGCUAUGUAAUGUGAGGCAUCCUUCUGCACACAGAAUGGGAAUAAAUUAAUUAUCAGAAAAAGA